AUGGCAGCAUUACAGAAAUCUGGAACCCUGGAGAAGAAGAGGUCUUUAGGGAGGGAUUACCAUCCUCUGUGUCUGAAGUGUCAAAACUGUAAAAGACAACUCAUGGCUGGACAGCAUGCAGAUUAUGAUGACAAGCCAUUCUGUUCAUAUUGCGACAUGAAGAUGUUUGGUCCAAGAGAUGAGGAGAAGCACUCCUUCCCGGCUCUCUCCUCCCUUUCUCUCACCCGUGUGUCCUUCACCUCGUAA